GGAGUACUAAUCAUGUAGCACAUAACUUAGAGCCUGAACAAGUCAAGAUCGGGGAACAUGAACUUUAUGACUUUUGUAACAAAGGUUGUCACAUGGCAGGUACUUUAGGGGCUGAGGCCCUUACAUACAAGAAACGUAAGCAAGAUAGUAUGAAAACAUCUAGCAUAGAUAACCCAGAGUUCGACAGAAAAAAUAAAAAGGCAAGAACUUCAGCUACUGAAGAAGAAAAAAAAUUUAGCUGA